AUGCAACGUGCGGAAGAUGUAUCAGUUUUACAACCUUCAGUUGCAACAGCUUUAAAUGGUGUUGAUUCACUGUUGGUUUAUUAUAAAGAUUCAACUAUUGAAGUGCAAAAUCUUCUUCGUAACGAAUGUAAUGUCAUAUAUGAAUGUCGGCUAUGCUGCAAUUUAUUUCGAAGUGCCCUGAACUUCGUCACCCAUAAACGGAGCUAUUGCCGAGGAUUAUGCCAUAGUAUUCCGGCAGAAGAUGAAAAUGCAAUGGUGCGAUUUGUGCAAGAAAAAAUAUCUGAAGCAUUCGGCGCAGUAGCGCAAGAAUCUGCCUCAAGAGAUGCUGAAGAAAGUCAAGAUGAUGGAUUAAUUGCGGAAGCUUGUGGCUCAAGUAAAAAUACGAAAUUAAUCCAAACUGCGGAGCAAAACAAAAAUACGCGUCGUCGCAAUCAGUCAUCGGCAAAGAAAGCCAAAGGAUUGCUGAAAAGAACAAAUCUUGUGAAUGUUCUCAACAAGCGUGUUCAACAUUAUUCCGUUACAUUACCUGAUUCCAAACACUGUAUGUUGUUAAGUACGUUGCCUGCUAUAACUAAGCCAAUACCAACUACAACAUUUGUUGAUGGAGAGCAGGUCAUUGAAACGAUGCCUCGUAAUAUCGCAUUGAAGGAAAAAUUCCCUCCUGAUCGAGUGCCGUUAAUUAUUCCUCAUGAUCUUUCAAAUAGAUAUCGAGCAAUGAAUCUGCGCAGUCGAAAAUUUGACCAAUCAAAGAUCGAUAUAGUUCAAGAAAUUGGGCCACAGGAGGUUGCCAUAUUGGAUAGAUUCAAAAAGUACAAUCAGCUGACAGUUGAAUGCAGUUCGUUAACAUGUCUUCAUAGUGAUUGCAAGGAGAUUAGACCAUUUUCGUCAAUAUGCACAUUGGCGUAUCAUGUCACUGUGAAGCACAACAAACGUGAAAACAGAAUGAUACCUUGCUAUCUGUGCGAUCUUUUGUUUGAAACAUACGAAUCAACAAUGGAUCAUUUAAAAGAGAAUCAUUUGCAGUAUCGGAUUGAACAUUUAAAGCAUAGGGCAUUACAUGAAGAAAAAUGUGAUACGAGAAAAAAUAAUAAGCGUCUUAAGAAUGCUCCUAAGGUGGUCAAUAUACAGUCUCGUAGUUUAAGUCCUCUUUCCGAAGACUUUCUUGAAUCAAGCGGUUCGGAAGAAUUGUUCAACGAGAGCGAUAAUGAAGCUCCUGUUCUGGAUUUUGAGGGAAAUGGUGUUACGGAAGAAAUACCUGAUGGCAUAUAUGAUGACCUAGUGCAGGACGGAGAAUUCAGAUACGGAUAUUUGCUCGAUUUUUUACAUGUUGUAGUAAAAGGAACCUUAGCAGCAUGA